AUGUCUGAACAGCAGCAACCAAAGAAGAUUGGCGGCGAAUAUGGCGAGAUUCGCGCCAAUAUCGAUAUUGACAGUCUGAACAGGUAUUUGGACCAGAACACGUCAAUCAAAACCCCUGUCGCCGUGAAGCAGUUCAAGUUUGGACAGUCGAACCCCACCUACUUCUUGACCGCUGCCGAUGGAGUGAAAUUCGUGCUUCGCAAGAAACCCGCCGGCCAACUUCUUUCGCCCACCGCUCACCAAGUUGAACGUGAAUACCAGAUCCUGGCUGCCCUCCACAAACACAACCUCAAGCCCACGACUCCAACGGAGAAGAAAGUGCCGGUCCCUGAACCUAUCAUCCUCUGCGAGGAUUCCUCAGUUGUGGGCACUCCCUUCUAUAUCAUGGAGUUCUUGGAUGGGCGUAUCUUCACCGACGUGCGGAUGCUUGAGGUUUCGCCAAAGGACCGCAGGGAGUGCUGGCUCUCUGCCGUCGGUGCCCUUGCCGCUCUGGGCUCCGUCGAUCCCAAAGAAGUCGGCCUCGAAAAGUUUGGCCCCUCAUCCGACUACUUCCCUCGCCAAAUCAAAUCCCUUUCUCGCGUGUCAAGCGCACAAGCAGAGGCAGUCGACAUCGAUACCGGACGAAAGGUUGGAAACAUCCCAUUCUACGACGAGUUGGUUGCAUGGUACCGCGCCAACCUCCCUGACGAAAAGAAACUCGGUCUCCGUAUUGUCCAUGGAGACUAUAAACUGGAUAACCUCAUCUUCCAUCCUACCGAGAACUAUGUCAUUGGGAUCUUGGACUGGGAGCUUUGCACCCUUGGUAGCCCUCUCGCGGAUCUGGGUAACCUUACCCAACCAUGGGCCAUCGACCUGAAGAACCUCUCCGAUGCUCCAGGUUUCCUUCGAGGAUUUAAGAACACCACCGUUGACGUUCCUAUUCCUCUUGAAGAUCUUGAGCGUGAAUACUGCAGACUCCUCAAGCAGCCAUACCCCAUUGUGGAAAUGGUGUUCGUCCGCAGUUGGAUGUUGUUCAGGCUGGCCGUCAUCUCGCAAGGAAUUGCAGCUCGCUACGCCCGUCGACAAGCGAGCUCGGAACAUGCUCAUAUCCAUGCUACAUUGUUCCCCAUCGUCGGAAAGCUGGCGCGGCUCGUGUUGGAGGACGAGGGUAUCACUCUUACACCCAAGGCCAAGUUCUAG